CAAGCGAAGCGCAUCCGCCUCUUCCCCGCGAGUGCGAGUGCGAGUGCGAGUGCGGAUGCGUGUUCCCCGCGGGAUCCCGUCAAGCGCAGACGCAACAACCGACGUACGUCAAUAAGAACCCUGAGCAGCAGCUCGACUCGAAUCAGUUGAUCCUUAACGAACGACAACAUGUCCGGAUCUGAGAGCUAUUACGUUGGAGUUGAUGUCGGAUCGGGAAGUGCAAGAGCAUGUUUGAUCAAUGGUGCUGGAGACAUCCUAAGCAUUGCCGUGAAGGACAUCAAGACCUGGAAAACAAAAGAUAUCCACGAACAAUCUGCCGACGAUAUCUGGGGCGCAUGUUGUUCAGUCACUCGACAAGUCAUCGAAGAGUCGAAGGUUCUGGCAAGUACUGUUAAGGGUAUUGGAUUCGACGCGACGUGUUCUCUCGUGGUUCUUGAUCGCCAGACGGAUGCCCCUAUCUCCGUCUCUGGUCCCAAAUUCGACGAAAGCGAGAGGAAUAUCAUCUUGUGGGCCGACCAUCGCGCGCUGGAUCAAGCGAACAGAAUCAACGCUACGGAACACAACCUGUUGAAGUACGUGGGUGAGACGAUGUCAUUGGAGAUGGAGAUCCCGAAGAUCCUGUGGUUGAAGGAGAACAUGCCUACAGAAACAUUCAAGAAGUGCAAGUUUUACGAUUUGCCUGAUUUCUUGACAUACAGAGCUACCGGAGAUGAAGCGAGAUCUUUCUGUUCAACCGUGUGUAAGAUGUCGUUUGUCCCGCCUGGUGUCGACGAUUCCAAGGAUGGCUGGCAAGCGGACUUCUUUGAGUCAAUUGGGUUAGGGGAGUUUGUGGAGAACGAUUACGUGCAGAUCGGUGGUAUUCCGGACAAGAACGGCCGGUGGUUGUCUGCUGGUGAAGUGGUCGGUGGCCUCUCUGACAAAGCCGCUGCGGAGUUGGGUUUGGAGAAGGGAACGAAGGUCGGAUCCGCCGUGAUCGAUGCAUACGCCGGCUGGAUCGGUACGGCUGGAGCGAAGCUGAACGGUAGCGAUGCGAAGGAGGCACAGCAGGAGGGAGCACAGAGUAUCGAGGCAGCAAGUAACCGCCUUGCGGCUGUUGCGGGAACGAGUACGUGUCAUUUGGUGUGCUCGAAGGACCCGGUGUUCGUGCCAGGAGUAUGGGGUCCUUACAAGGACGCCUUGAUUCCCGACUUUUGGUUGGCGGAAGGAGGUCAAAGUGCGACCGGAUCCCUCUUGCACCAUAUCACGCAUAACCACAAGGCCUUCCCGGAAGCGGAAGCGAAGGCGAAGGGACUUGGUAUCCCCGUCUUUGAGUACCUCAACCGCCGACUGGAAGAACUUCGUGUAGAGGACAAUGCGCCUACGAUUGCGCAUAUGGCACGUCAAUUGUUCAUGUAUCCCGACUUCCACGGCAACAGGUCUCCAUUGGCUGACCCAACCAUGAGGGGUACCAUCAUUGGCUUGGGAAUGGAUGCAGACAUUGAUAGUUUGGCGUUGCAAUACCAUGCUGCGAUGGAAGCUAUCGGACUUCAGACAAGACAUAUCAUUGACUCGAUGAACGCUCGGGGUCACAAGAUUGACAGCAUCUACAUGUCCGGUGGCCAAUGUAAGAACCCAGUUCUCAUGCAUCUCAUCGCGUCCUGUACUGGUCUGCCAGUCAUCAAACCUCACUACAUCGACGCAGCCGUCGUCCUCGGUGCCGCUAUGCUCGGUAUGAAGGCUGCCACAGGGAAGGAUGCCAGUUUGUGGUCUAUCAUGGGAGAAUGUUCGAAGGCUGGAACGGCGGUGUUCCCGACCAAGAGUAACACAGAAAAGGAUAUUUUCGAGAUCAAGUAUGGUAUCUUCUUGAGUAUGGCGGAUCAGCAGAGGAGGUUCAGGGCUCUUGUUGAUAGAGCUGCCGAGGGUGGCGAGAUGUCAAGGGAUAUUUGAGGGAAAGCUAUCACGGUCUAGGACACCAAUUGCAAAAACAAUGUCUAUAUUCUUGCCGCCUCAUUGCGGUUUCAUAGCAAGAAGUUGGCUAUCGUGUUCCGGUUGUCGUUCUUUUAUUACCGUGUCUAGAAUUCGUCUUCAUCCC